CAAUAACACUAACAAAACUUUGUUACGGUACAAAAUGCUGCUAAAAUGUCUCACAGAGAUUGACAAACUGGAACAUCUGUCUUCUUAUAUGAUAUGAUCUUUAGAAAAAUCAAGUAUAUGUCUAAAGUUGAAUUAGUUCCAAUGUUGUCAAUAUCACACACAUGUAAUUCUCCGGUUUGGAGCAAUUCUCACCUCUACUUCUUUCCUUAGGAUUUAUUUUUGGCAUAUGGGAAUUGAGAUUGACUAAUGUGACUAUUGAAUGAAUGGAAAUUAGGCUGCUUCAUUAAAGACCAAUAACUUUUUCCUUCAACAAACAGUUUUAACAAAUUCUUGAAUGCAUUUCUGUCCUGUUGAUCCUUUCUAGCAUUUUCUCUUAAUCACAUUUCUUGAUUUCUUACCAGGAAAAAAAAUAAAGAAAACACCGUAAAGAAACCAUUCCUUCCUCCUUCUCAACAUUUUUUUUUUUUUGCCACUGUCAAGGCUGGCACAUUGCAUGAAUUCUUUGGACCAAGAUGCUGUAAAAACAGUUUCCAUAAUUCUGUUCGUAUCUUAUUAUUUAUCCUUAAGUGGAUAAUGUGGGAUUAUAUUGGUUUUCGUGGUGAUAUGGGGUUAUUUUGGGUCUGAAUUAUUUUUGGUGAAAAGCAUUGCUAUAAAGAGCAUUUCCAAUUAAUACUGAAAUUGAGCAACAUUUUGCGUGUUUAAAGGAAUAUCAAGAUUGAACAACCAUAUAUAUUAUUGGACUUUGUUGUAUGAUUUGUUUUAUUCAGUGUAUAAGAAUUAGCUGAGGAGCGAUAAAGCUUACAAUCUCGAAAUACGAAGAGUGCCACAUAUAUUGGGACAGCGAGAGUAAAAUAUUUGGCUCCUCCUGUGCAUGGAGCUUACUCGCGAAGAACUGAUUGCAGAGGGAGAGGAAGAAAGAGAGGAAAUAGAUAUAGAAUCUACCUCACACACACAUAUUCCGGACAACUCUUACAAUUAUUCUGGUGGUGUAAGGCGAAAGGCCUAUAAGUUUGAUGGAGAAGGGAAUUAUUUCGACAAGGAAUGGGAUUUAUCAGAGGGAAGAGGCAAAGAAUUUUGUUGGUACCAUGUUGAACUUCCAAAGUGGAACCAAAAACUCUCACAAUCUGCACGGUAUCUUAUAGACGUACUAUGCCCGCCUCUGAAUCUCCAAGACAUUCUAUCACUAGUUAGCAAUGGACCCUUUUGUGGGCACGUUAACGGUGCUCUAGUUUUUCGAGUUAAUUCACCUGGCCCUGCAUCCAGCAACUUUACAUUUAGAAUUGCUGCAAGAGUUACAGAGAAUUUGGUGAUCACCGUGUCAUUAGGCCGCGUUCCAAGAUUGGGUUUUUCCCCGGUAAAUGAGUCUCUUCUCUCUGAGAUUCCCAUUGUGGAUAGUCCAAGUUAUGGUGUACAAAGGGAAUUAAGGGGUGGAACUGUAAUCAGGGAACAUGUUCUUGACUUUCUGCUGACAAAGAAUCAUUUUGAAGAGGCUGACAAUCCUGUGCCUAAAUCUGUGUCGAAUCUUGUUGUUCACAUUAUAGACACGCAUGUGGAUCACAUUCAAGAUAUUGUAACAAAGCUAGAGCUGGAGUUGGACUCCGUGGAAUUGGAAUUGGACAGAGGUGGUUUUUCCAUAAAGCAACAAAUGUUGGAUGAUAGAAGAUUUCCUAAGGUGCAUCUUGACUCGCAGCGCCUUCUCCAGGUGAUUGCAUAUGGGGAGCAAGUAAUUCCAAGAGUAAAGGAGAAGUGUUCUUCAAAAGAUUGGUUUGCCAGUGAUGACACUAACACCCUUGAAGAGCUAAUUGGUCAACUCAAAAGUCUAAACGAAAAUGUUGGGUUUAUCGCGAAUCGAGUUACAGGAAUUCAGGCUGGUCUUGAAAGUUGGCAAGCUGAUCAAAUUACUGGAAAACUAUACAACCUUUCUUUCCUCUCCAUCAUGUUUCUUCCCUUAACUGUAGUAACUGGAGUGUUUGGGAUGAAUGUGGGCGGAGUUCCUUGGACCAAUCAAAACGAACCUGAGCUGAAGGAUGGAUUCACCAAUGUCAUGUUACUUUGUGUAGCUCUGAUAUUGUUGGUUCUGCUUUGCUUCCUUUUCCCUGAUUUUUAUAGUUCUGUAAUGACUUGGAAGAGAAGAAGAGACAUGAAAAGAAAUUGGUCUCUCAACCACAAAUCUUCCCUUAGAAGAAAUACAAGCAGUAUUCGGGAAACAAAUGAUAAGGAAGGUUACCAGCAGCUGUAUUGAGUUGAAAAUAGAUAGGCAACAAUUUGCUGUUACUCUACUUGCUUGUUUCCCCAGGAGAAUGGAGCCGCGCAAAAGAAUCCUAGGGCUGGAUUGAGAUUGGCACUCCAGUGCAAAGGCGGAAGUUUGACUGCAAAAAUCACCCGACGGCAGGGACUAAAGUCGGCCUUAGCAAUCUGACAAAGCCAACUAGUGGAGGGAUAUGGCUUCACGUGAACCCAUGCGUCUUUUCCUAGACCAUGUAUAAUAAUGUUAUAGUUUUACAAGACUACUUAAAUAUAGAUAUGCACAUCCAAGCUCAAAGUAGUCUAUGGUGCAAUAAUUAUUGGGUGCACAUCUAUAAGUGAAAUCGGUUGUUCAAAUUCGCACAUGUCUUGUUAUUUUUUUACUUUCUUUUCUAGAAUUGAGCAGGUACACUUUUUUCUUUUUCCGUCCUUCUUUGUUUGGUUCAAAAUCCCCAAGUUUGACAGAUUUAAACUUCUAUUGUACUUUUGUCACUGUAAGUUUUUAAAGUAGCAGUGGACGAUGUAGCAGAUAGUCACUCAGCUCAGCUGAU